CCAGGAACCGGCUCUGCCACUUCAUGAGACCCUGCUGCCGCUCGCCAUCGACACACAGCAACGCAACAGAGACCAAGAAAACGUUUUUAGGAGAUCCAGCUGAGUUUCACAGUCUUGAUUCCCCCUUUGCUGUGCCAACACUCAGUGACAGUGGGCAUGCCCUGGACCAGACCCCAGGUGGACCUUAAUGCGGGGGGAGCAGAGGCCAUGGACCAGUUGAACAUAGACGACCAUCACUACGAGGGCUCCCUCUUCCCCACCUCCACCCUCAUCCCUGUCACUGUCAUCUGCAUCCUCAUCUUCAUCAUCGGGGUGACCGGCAACACCAUGACCAUCCUCAUCAUCCAGCACUUCAAGGACAUGAAGACCACCACCAACCUCUACCUGUCCAGCAUGGCGGUGUCCGACCUCAUCAUCUUCCUCUGCCUGCCCUUUGACCUUUACCGCCUGUGGAAGUACGUGCCCUGGCUUUUCGGGGAGGUGGUGUGUCGCUUCUAUCACUAUAUCUUCGAAGGCUGCACCUCGGCCACCAUCCUGCACAUCACGGCCCUGAGCAUCGAGCGCUACCUGGCCAUCAGCUUCCCCCUCAGGAGCAAGGCGUUGGUGACCCGACGCAGGGUCCAGUACAUCAUCUUCGCCCUGUGGGUCUUUGCCCUGGUGUCCGCCGCUCCAACGCUCUUCCUCGUUGGGGUGGAGUAUGACAAUGACACACACCCAGACUACAACACAGGGCAGUGCAAGCACAGCAACUACGCCAUCAGUUCCGGGAAGCUGCACAUCAUGCUCUGGGUGUCCACCACCUACUUUUUCUGCCCCAUGCUCUGCCUCAUCUUCCUCUAUGGCUCCAUCGGAUGCAAGUUGUGGAAUAGCAAAAUGGACCUGCAAGGCCCCUGCGCUUUGUCCCGAGAGCGGUCUCACAGGCAAACAGUCAAGAUCCUGGCAGUGGUGGUGCUGGCCUUCAUCAUCUGUUGGCUGCCCUAUCACAUAGGCAGGAACCUGUUUGCCCAGGUGGACGACUACGAGACGGCCAUGUUGAGCCAGAACUUCAACAUGGCCUCCAUGGUGCUGUGCUACCUCAGCGCCUCCAUCAACCCCGUCCUCUACAACCUCAUGUCCCGGAAGUACCGGGCCGCGGCCAAACGCCUGUUCCUGCUGCACCAGCGGCAAAUACAAGCCCGCCACGGCCAGAGGCAGCUCUGCGUGAUCGACCACAUCUCCACCCUGAAUGAGAGCCUGACUGGGGUCUGAGGGGGUCAUGAGCAGUGAUUUUAACAGGUUUGAUUGACUUCAGAGAUUGCACGUUUCAGGAGUUGAGCGAAACCUUGUUGGAGAUGUUCGUUCCAUUGUAUCUUUGAGCGGGAAAACAGGGCUGAGAGCUCCACUUCAAUGCAAAGUCUGCUUCACACAGGGGCAUUCUGAUCACAUAUAGACAGUGUUUUCACCUAAUGUAGAAGUAUUUACCUCGACAGUGUGUGCUGCUACAUGUUUAUCUUGCUUUGUGGUCAGCUGCAAAUAUGGCUUGACCCCAACAAAAUUGCAACAAAAGGUUUUUCAAUGGAUUAUUGUCGUAUCAGAUGUACUUAAUAACAUACUAAAAGUCCAAAGAAAUCUGACUACUAGAAAUGUGUAAUUUUCAAGAUGGCGUCCAAGAUGGCCGAAAAUUCCUUAAAAUAAGUAUGAUAAUAAAAUGAUAUGAACUCCUUCAUAAUUUAUUAGGGACACCUUAUACUACACAAAACAGUUAAGAAACCUUUUGUUGCAAUUUUUUUGGGCUAAUGUUUUUUUUUCAUAUAUGCAGUCGCCUAUUGUGUAAGUGCUUAUUGAACAGCUGAUAAUAAUAAGCGCUCCUUCUUUGUUAAUGACAGAUGAUGUUUGUGCCACAUUUGAAAUGAGUCCUCAUUUAUUAUGUUUAAUUGUAGUCUCAACUGCAUUCUGUUGUAAGAUUGAAUUUGUUUAAUGUUUGUUUGUCGUUCUCAUAAAUCAAGAAAAACUGAAAACAAGUCAACCUAUUAGCCGUGCUCCAUUAGUUGUGCAGAUCUGAAAUUGGAUAUUCCGGUGUGAUAUUUGAGUGUUUGUGUUUGUUGUGUACCAUUUCUCCUGUGAAUAGAUGCAACAUAAACUUCAUAAAAGCAGAUUAAUAUGAAAAUGGGAUAGUUGAUGUCUGUGUGAGGCCACCUGAGCCCUGAGGAUUUGAGGCUGCGUACGUGCCGGCCAUCAUGUAAUCUGACACAGCUAUUAUAUUACCUGGGCUCUGAGUUUGAUUUAAGCUGGCGGCUAGUGUCCCUGCAUCACCAUAUUCAAAGUAAUGGCUGCUCUAAGUGCAUUUCAAAGAGGAACAAAAUAUUAGGCUGUCAGCAGCGGCAUAGGUUAUUUCUUUUAUUGCUUCCGCCUGCAUAAUCUCAACAACGUUGUCCAUUUCCUCAUUGAUGUUGCAUUUUUUAUUAGAAAUUGUACUCUUUUUGUACCUCAUGCACUCUGGCAAGAAGGGUAACGUCAAAGUAUUUAGCCUAUUUUUAACCUGAACACUGUCUAAUCCCCAAAUAAACGCAGAGUUUUCAAGGUUCUGUCUCUUAAA